AUGUCUAAUUCCUUAGUUAAUGCAUACAGUCAUUAUACUGUGCCGAGUGGUAGGAUGAGUGGCACUGCGCCUGGUACAGCCAUGCCGAAUUAUGGAUAUACCAAGAAUUCAUUGAUUGAUCCCAACAAAAGAAAAGCAUACUUACAAGUGGAAAGUUAUAUAUUCCCAGAUAUGAAGGCACUAUAUCAAUUAGAUUUGGCGUCUUACGUCGAUUUGACUUACGAUAAGAUUACGAUAUAUGGCUUUGAAAUUUAUCUUGUUGAGCAAUGGAUUUCUGAAAGGAAAUUAUCCUCAGUGAUUACUUCCUUCACAGGUAAUACACAGGAUACCAUAACUGCAAUACAAGUAUUACUACCGAAAAAUCCAAGUCUGUGGCCAGGAAAAUUUAAGCAGUAUCGUGAGGAUUUACUGAAAUUUUCACAACCAAAAUUGACUGAUUGGGGUCAAUUGUUCAUUACAAAUCUUUCAGCCUUCCCUUCAGGUUUAAAUAUUUUACACGUCGAAUGUGGUAAUAUGAAACUAAUUUGGGAAAAUUUUAAGAUAAAUUUUGAUCUGAAAAUGUUAAAUUGUACUGGUCGUUCCCUCUUAUUGUUGAAUGCACCUUCGAACUCGUCUAUUGAAAAAUUCUCACAGAUUUACAAGAUUCCAGCCCCAAAUGAGCCAAUUUCUCCAGUGAUACAAAUGAUAGAAUUGGUCCAAAUGUGUCUUCAUUACUUCAAUAGGUAUAAUGGUAAAAUUGAUGGUCUUUACUGUUCCCAUACUAAGGCGGCAAUCAAUUCGUGGUGGGAGGACUAUGGUAAAUUAUAUUUGGCAAUGGAAAGACCCAAAAAUGAAAUUUUAUUAGGACCCACUACCGUAGCAGCACUGUUGAGUCUGGUAUUGAGCUGUUUUUUUAAAUUGAUUUUAGAAGACUGUGUUAAUAAUGCAAAGGAUCCAUUCAAUGAUUAUGAGUUUUUUAGUGCUAUUUUCAAUUUUCAAAAAAAAUACGGUCUAAGAAGAGAUGAUAAAGCUAUUCAUCUCGAUCAUCGUACCGUGGCAAAAUUAUUUGAAGUUACUGUAAAAUUUUCCAGUAACGAUUUUUUUAAAUUCAAAAAGAUUUUCAAGUCAAAAUUACAAGAUUUACUCAAUAAGAAUAAAAAUCCCAUUCAUUUAGCAAACAAUUUACUUACCCAUGAUUUGGAUACCUUAGUUAGUAACAUCAAAGACAUAAAUGCUGGUUCUCUUUGGAAUGGUAAUACCAUCUCAAGAUCUAUCCUUAUCAAUGAGCAACUGAGUGACUUCCGUUUCUUUAAAUUCCAGAAAGGUAAUCCGAAUCUACAAUUGAAUGAACAGGAUGCGUUAAUCAAGUCUGGUAAAUGGAAAGGUUUUCUUGAUGACAUUACUUAUGAUUUGAAACUUCAAUCACUGGCAAAACAGUUUGAUCCAACAAUUUUUAUCGAAAAUAGACCUUUUGGGAACUUGGCCAGUAGUACUAGUAAUGAUAACAGGGAAAAUAACAAGGGUGGAGGAAUCUUAUCUCUUUCUAAUCAGAGCAGUUCUUCAAUGUUCGCCAACUACGACAAAAGUAAAUAUAGCAAUGCCGCUGACCUCAAUAAAAAUUACUAUAGAGAAUUCCACAGACGAAAUUCGGUUCCAUUGGUAAAUGACGGUACAUUAAAUGAACCCUUCAAAGAUGUAGACGAAGAAGAUGAUAUUUUCUUACGACAAGCAUUAUAUCGUUCAAAUUCUGUAUCGAGAAUAAGUAAUUUGGCUGAAGAUUGGUCUUUACCCUUUGAUCCAUCCAUAGUCAAAAUAGCAAGGAAUUUAAAAAAGAUUGAUGUGUCCUUGGAAAGACAACAGAGAAUGGAAGAUAUGAGAUCCAGUAAGUUUAACUAUAAUUCUGAAAAAAAUGAUAUUAUUCAAGAGGAAAUCAAAUUUGGCAAAUUUAAACAAAUGCUGCAGGAAAAUUAUGAUAAGUAUGCACAAACUUCAACCGACUUCGAUCGAGAGUCGAAAUUCGUCGAAAAUCAGCAGCAGGUCUUGCUGACUGAAAUGAAAGAAAUCAAUUCAUUGUCAUCGAAAUUGCGGUAUGACGUCAGGAUUCUUGAAUUCAGAAUGAGAGACGUUGAGAACAGUGUUACGCAAUUUGAUUUAAAACUGAAAAACCUUAAGAAGACUUUCAGAAUUCAAGAUGUUGAAGUAUCGAACGCUUUAGAUGCUGUUUCGGACAAUGACCAAUUCGAAAAAUGCUUGACUAGUUUAACAAAUUCAAACAGCGGUUGUUAUGCAAGUUUUUAUCUCAGAAUGGCUAGUAGAAACUUUUUCACUGAUUUGAAAAACGACAUUUUGGCUUGGGCAAACUACAUUUUCAAGAGUUUCCGUAACCAUAAACCAGAUGAGAUGCCAAGUUAUUGA